CUCAUGCCUUCAUUAUAAACAACAUUAUGCGUCAUGGGUAUAAAUAAACAUUCAAGAUUCGCAAAGUUUUAUUCAGAUCGCAUCACAUAAUGUAAUUUGUCGUAAUUUUAUGCAGUUGUUGAUUAUUUUUUCUGUGCAUCUUGAAGAAUGGUGAAUCCUUUGACGCCUCCAGUCCUACGUGAACCAGUCUAUUGGCACUUUGGCGACCAAACGCUGAACCGUGAAGCUAGAGAUGCUCGCCUGGACCGCCGAGAUCGACUGUCCGGGUUGCGCUGGGUGUGGGCCUGCAAUGGGGCUAUUCCGGACGAUGCCAUCUCGGCGGGUGGUUCCGGUAGCCGACGAUACUACAUAGGAAGGGCUCACUACGAGGGAUCCGUGACGCCUGGCCGAGUGGACAUCAAACGUAAGGCGUGCAGCAUUCCCUGGGGCGGAGAUGAACAUUUGAGGAAUGUGUACGAGGUUCUUUGUACGCCGGGGCAGUUUGUGCGAGUGACGGAAGAAAAUACUGAAAAGCUUCUGUUGGCCAGUUCGGCCGGUAUGUCCGAGGAAGGAGAACCUCUGUUCAUUGGGCGGGUCGAGCAUAAGGGCGAGAUGAUAUACGGGAAGGUUCAACGUUCGCACGGAGUUUGUUACAUAGCUCAUGAGGGUAAAGAACUGGCCUUCAAAGUGUACGACUUGUUCAUAGCGAAUGUACCGAUGCGACUCGACUGCUCGUACUGGUUAUUGAACGCGAAGGAUGAAGUUCCCGAAUACGCCACAGUGGGCGGUGGCACAGCAAGUAAAUCGCUCUUCAUAGGACGCGCGAAGCACCGUGGCUCGCUUACGCCUGGUUCGGUGGACCCCGACACGUGGCAAUGUCACAUCGCAUGGGGUUCGGAUGAGCAUCGGAAGACAUACUUUGAAUACUUGUGCCGUUGCAGUGGAAGAUUCGUCAAGUCACAAGGCAACCAUCUACCGAUCGGAGCGGUACGAGGCGGCUAUUCGGAAUAUGGGGAACCACUGUUCAUUGGUCGCGUGAAAAUGAAGGAAGGCUACAUCGUGGGCAAGGUGCAACCAUCGCACGCCGUUUGCUAUAUUCCGUAUCGUGGGAAGGAAAUAGCCUACAAAAAGUAUGAAGUGCUGGUGCAAACGGACUGAGGCUGGUGACACCGGAUAGUAUUUCGCUUAUCGUGAUAUCUAAGUCGUGACAAACACAAUAUAAAUAUAUAAUACGCUGCGUGUGUGUGUGUUUUCGAAAUUGUAAUCGUUACCAACAAUAUAUUGCAAGGUGUAAAAUUUAUACAAUUAAUGUUCAUUCGAGUAAAAAAUUAUAAAACAUAA